AUGCCCUGCAUUAGAGCCCUCAUCCUUCUUCCCAUCACAGAGACACAUUUCCUGAUCAGCCUGUCGAGCCGGUUACUGUCUCUCGAGGUCAGACUGCCCCCAACACGUGACCCCAAAGAACACGGCACUAGCGACCACAGACUGGGCAUGGUGGGCGUGGUGAGUGGCGGGGCCUCCGGUCUGGGUAGGGCCACAGUGGAGCGCCUGGUGCAGAGGGGAGCCUCAGCGGUGAUCCUGGACCUUCCCUCGUCUGAAGGAGCUGCUGUGGCCGCAAGCCUUGGAGAGCGCUGUGCCUUUGCUCCCACUGACGUGACCUCAGAGGCGGAUGUGCGUGCCGCUGUGACCUUAGCGCGGGAACGCUUCGGCAGACUGGACCUGGCGGUGAACUGUGCUGGCAUCGCUGUUGCCGUCAAAACCUACAACUUCAAAAAGGACCUUCCACACGGUUUAGAGGACUUCCAACGUGUCAUCAAUGUGAACAUUGCCGGCUCCUUUAACGUGAUCCGUCUGUCUGUUGGGGAGAUGGGGAAAAAUGAACCUGACGCAGAUGGACACAGAGGCUGCAUCAUCAACACCGCCAGCGUGGCAGCUUUCGACGGACAGGUGCGUACCACUGCCAUGGGAGUGUGCAGCGUCUGUGAGAACAUGACGCACCCCUGCUGGCCCCGUGCGCUCAUGGUUCUUCAGCUCGCUCAGGCCCGCAUCUGCUCCAAACAGAUGCCGGAUCCAUCAGACGCAGCCUUCUGA